UCGGUCCUAAGUUUGUGGUUCUUAUUUAUCUCCUCUGUCUCUUCUCCUUCCUCACUCCCUCCCUCCUCUUUCUCUCUUCUCUCUCUAAGAUUUCGUCUGUUCAGACCACACACUCACUACUACGAUGUUGCUUGGAAAGAGACAACGACCACCGAUUAACAGAACCACGAGUCUGUCGGAGAUAAAGUUCGAUCUGAACCUUCCCGGAGAAUCAGAGGUAUCAUCAAACCAGCAGAGUCCAAGCAAGAAUCCCGUGGUUGGACCAUACGGUUCCAACGUUCAAGUCGUCGCAGCAUCCGUUGAUCAACACCGUGAGAUAUUAGAUCAACGGUUCUUAGCUAUGGUUACACCUAGAGGUAACCUGAGGAGACACUCAGGCGACUUUUCAGACGCUGGGCAUUUUCUGAGGUCUUGCUCCCUCUGUGAACGCUUACUUGUUCCCGGCCGGGACAUCUAUAUGUAUAGGGGCGAUACGGCCUUUUGUAGCUCAGAGUGCAGGCAAAAGCAAAUGGUACAAGAUGAGAGGAAAGAAAAAGGUAAACUGGUGAAGCAAUCGGCGGUGGCAGCCACCGCAAGAUCCGACAAAGGAGGGAGAGCUGCAGCCGCCGUGUAAUCCCACAUACAUUAUAUAUAUAUAUAUAUAUAUGUGUGGCUUGGUAUGUGUUUGUAUAUGAUUAUGAUGGGGUAUUACUUGUUCAAAGCAGUGAGCGUUAAUUAACAUGUGUUAAUCGCUCUCGUGUCCUAAGCUUUUUACAAGGGUUUAAAUUUUACAAGUUUUUGAUCUAUCUUAAAAUAAAAAUCAAAUGUAUGUAGACUUGUGUAAUUUUUUUAAGUACUUCAUGAGAAAAUUUUAAGAUUACAGGU